GUUCAGUCGCACCACGAACCCUCUGUCGAGAAGGAUUGUUUGGCGUUAUGGCGCCCAUGAUCCUGACAGCGGCGGUCUUCACCUUGGCUGUCACCAUCACCUUCUGUAGCGGGAACUAUAUAAUCACGACACCACGAGAAUGGGUAACCGAGCAGCUGACUCAGGUGUGUGUGUGGGUGACUGACCCGUCCGCCCCAGCUGGCUCUCUCCAACUGAACGUCAAGUACACCAGGACCCACACGAAGAAGGAGGACGAGGUGAUCGUUGUGGUGCCUUCCGUCACCAUCCCUGUCCCUGCAGGUAAGACCGAAUUCUGUGAAGACUUGUAUGUCCCAAAGACAGCAAAAUUCUACUAUGGGAGUAAGUUGUACAUGACGGGCCAGGUGGCUGGCUUCAAAAUCAACCAAACGGUUCCUCUCUCCCUCGACCACAAUCGGCUCACCACCAUCAUACAGACGGACAAGUACCUCUACAAGCCAGGCCAGAAAGUUCAGAUGAGGAUGAUAUCUUACACCGGGCCUUUCUUUAACAUCUCUAGCCAGCCCUACCGUGAGGUGUGGGUGCAGACGCCAUCUCGAACCCGCAUUGCCCAGUGGUUAAAUGUUGACAACUCUGCUGGCCUCGUCCACCUGGAUAUGACUCUGGCGGAUGAACCUGAGCAGGGAGUCUACACAAUAAUCGCUGAGAAUGUGCACAACAGCACGACCAGAACAAGCUUUAAGGUGGAGGAAUACGUCUUACCGCGCUUCGAACUGAUAGUCACAGCUCCGAAACUUCUACUUGCCACUGACAAAACCUUCACUUUCACUGUGUGCGCCAAGUACACAUUUGGUGAGCCUGUCAACGGGAAUCUCACAGUGGAGGUCAGCAACAUGAAGAGCAGAGAAUGCCACGUGUCCUUGAACAAAACUUAUACAUUCACAGGUUGCAAGGACAUCGAAGUAUUUUCAGAAGAUAUCAAGAUGAUCGGCUGUAGGGUGAACACAGUGAGAGCCAAGGCUAUACUGACAGAGGAAGGCACAGGGGUCGUGCUGUCAGGAGUCACUCGUGCCUCCGUCUCCCGCCGUGCUGUCGAUUUCAAGACCAUAUUCAAUGAUAAUUAUAUGAAACCAAAUCUACCUUAUACCUUGAAGGUAAAGGCUGAGCUGCCAGAUAAGAGCCCUGCAGGUGGUUUACUGGUGGAGUUGUGUACUGAUGAGAGCUGCACCAACAUCACUACACCCCAAGAUGGUGUGAUUACUACAGUUCUUCCUCCUAGUAGUGUUAGAAAUAUCUUAAUGAAAGCUCUUAACAGCCGAGCCAUGAUGUAUGAGUCAUCCUUCUCGACCACCAUUGAACAUUACUUCUCUCCUUCUAACUCCUCCCUGCUGAUCCACGCACCAGAGGGUCGCCUCAAGUGUAGCGGUAACGACCUCCGCCACAGUCUCCCCGUCCUCUUCUCUGCCAACAACCAACCUCGUGCCUUCAUCACUGUCCAGGUUGUGUCACGUAAGCAGAUUCAGUAUUCGAACACUCAGGAGUAUGACUUGAUUGGCAGCCCGCUUCCAGGUGAUGCCCAGCAGCUACAGGAGCCUCUGUCAGCAUUCUCCUCCACCACAACCACUGGCGUCAUCUACGUCUCCAUUACACUGCCGGCCACAGCCUCACCAAAUGCCAGGGUAAUAGUAUGGUACACGCGGGCGGACGGGGAGAUGGUGACGGACACUCGGGAGCUGGAGGUAGAUAAGUGCCUUCCGAACACAGUUGACCUCAGCUGGUCGGAAGAGCAGGCACAACCAGGAGAACUGACCACUUUAAGCCUCUCAGGAGCACCACGGUCUCUUUGUAGCUUCAGUGUAGUGGACAAGAGCGUGCAACUUCUGCGCGGCGAGACGGAUCAUUUCUCCGUCGAGUCUCUCUUCUCCAGCAUCAACUACUACAAGAUCAGCAAGUGGAAUAACGCACAGUCUGAUGAUCAGAAGUACUGUAGGAAUCAACUAGGGAAAGGAGGAGAAAAGAAUUUCUAUAACUACUACAGCCCUUAUGUGGAUGCGCUUAAAAUGUUUGACGAAUCAGGUCUAUAUGUCUUCUCCAACCUGAAAGUGGAAACAAGACCAUGUAAAGAAGGAGAACAGCCGUAUUCUAAUAAUGGUGAUCGUAGUACUUUUGAUUCUCUGGGUAUUUUUGGAACUCGUAUCCAUGGAGGCAAAACACCAGCAGUCCAGUCUUCUGUUAGCGCUGCGCCUGAGAGAGACUCCGUCGAGACGGUAUCGGUGGAUUCUCCCCGGACAUAUUUUCCUGAAACUUGGUUGUGGGAUCUCACUGUUCUGCCGGUCUCUGGUAUCAGCAACCAAGAAGUGACCCUGCCAGACACAAUCACACAGUGGAUAGGCAAAGCCGUGUGUGUUCACCCACAGGAAGGUCUUGGGGUGUCCCAGCAAGUCAAUAUAACUACUUUCACACCAUUUUUUGUGGACCUCACCCUCCCACCCUCCGUCAAGCGAGGAGAAAUCCUGCCAGUCAAAAUUUCAGUCUUUAACUACCUCGACAUCUCGCUACCUGUUUCAGUGGCUUUACUGGAGAGUGUUGAGUACGAGAUCAUACCAUCUGGCCCUGGACCUCUAGGCCAAAAUGAGAUGUGCGUGAACUCCCAGAAAAAGAUGGUGCACACAGUGAAGAUCAAACCCUCGGUGAUCGGAGACGUAAACAUCACAGUGACAGCCUUUGUGGAUCAUCAGUAUUCAGGGGCGUGUGGAGUCAGGGAUACCACUGUCACUAAAAGUGACACCUUGAUUAAGCCCAUCACUGUUGAAGCUGAGGGUUUCCCAAGAGAGAAAACCUCGUCAGCUUAUAUUUGUUCAAGAGAUAUCAAGAAUGGGAUAGAUGCUCAUGGGACGUGGACGGUAGGAGCACCCCCAGCCAUUGUAGAAGGAUCAGACCGAGCUUGGGUGACGGCUGUUGGUGAUCUCCUGUCUCUCACACUGGAGAAUCUGGGCAACUUGAUUCGUAUGCCAUCUGGGUGCGGGGAACAGAACCUCCUGAACUUCGCCCCCAACAUUUUUAUCCUGCAGUACCUAAACGCCACUGGUCAGGACAAUAGACAUACCGCCAAGAAACUUGUCGACUACAUGAGGACAGGAUAUCAGCGUCAACUUCUGUACCGCCGUGAUGAUGGAUCCUUCAGUGGCUUUGGGAAUGCCGAUGACUCUGGCUCAACUUGGCUCACUGCUUUUGUCCUGAAAUCCUUUGCUCAGGCAGAACCAUAUAUAUAUAUUGACAGGGAGGAACUGGCAAGGACUAAGAGAUGGUUAUUAUCAACGCAAAAUGCCACUGGAUGUUUCUCCCCAGUGGGAAAAGUGUUCAACAAGGGCCUAAAGGGAGGUAUUGCUGGCAAGGACUCCCUGGUGCCCCUCACAGCCUAUGUGAUGAUUUCCCUGCUGGAAGCUGGACUGACACCUUCUGGUCAUCCCGUGUCAGCAGCUGUUAGGUGUUUGACUGCUGAUGCGUCCCAAGAUCCCUACACCCAGGCGCUGAAAGCUUACGCUCUGGCACUUGGCCGGCAGCCAGGGGCAGAUCAAGCUAUACUACAGUUAACUAAACAAGCAGUAACUACUAAGACUUCUAUGCAUUGGGAUAUAUGGAGUGGUCAAAGCAAAAGUAGUUCAUUGAUGGUUGAGACAGCUGGGUACGCUAUCCUAGCGAUGAUGACAGAAAACAGCAGGAGGUAUGAGUAUCAGGCAAGAAGAAUAGUCAAGUGGAUCUCUUCACAGAGAAAUGGCAGAGGAGGCUUUGUCUCAACACAGGAUACAGUUGUAGCCCUGCAAGCUAUGGCUCUUUACGAGUCCCGUUUCUACGAAGGUGACUUAAACAUGGUGGCUACAGUAAAAGCAGGUGGUUUGGAGCAUUCCUUCGCUGUGGCUGAGCACAAUAAGUUCCUGACACAACUGGUGCCACUACCCAACCUUCCAACCUCUGUCAGCCUCAGUAUCGUGGGUCAGGGCUGUACCAUUUUUCAGUCUGUUCUACGGUACAAUAUUCCUGAACCAGAAGCAAGUGACGCCUUCAGUCUCACAGUGACUAGCAAGACCGAGCCUGACAAGACCUGCGUUACUAAGCGCAUUAAUGCUUGUGCCAGCUAUCGACUCUCAGAUGGCAAGUCCAACAUGGCGAUCAUGGAGGUGAACCUUGUGUCUGGGUAUACACCUGAGAAAACUGACCUGAAACAAAUUACAAAAGCUAAUGGCAAGGUUAUAAAGAAGUAUGAAGUGGACGGCAGCAAAGUUUCCUUUUAUAUCGACGAGUUGACAGCAGAAAAAAUGUGUGUGAGUUUCCGUACUGUGCGUGAAGUAGACAUAGAGAACGUCAAGCCUGGGACCGUUGUGUUGUAUGACUACUACCAGCCAGAAUUUUCUAUUAGCGAGAACUUCAGGCUUCCCUCGCCCGACCACUGUAUCUACGCCUGGUAAGUGGUCUCGACCCCACCACCGUCACCCUGAUGAAAGGAUAUAAUCAGCGUCACGUCAUUCCUGACUAACUAGUCUAAAAAAGAGUAAAAGAGAUCAUCAUUAGUUGUAAUUAUCUGCACCACAUUCAUUCACAUACAUGGAAGGGGGAAAAUGAAGAAGUUGGUUAUAUAUAUAUAUAUAUAUAUAUAUAUAUAUAUAUAUAUAUAUAUAUA